UGCGACGAGCGUUUAUCCAAUGGGAGACUUGAGGAAGCUUUGUUGUUUGGUGUUUCCUAGCUACCGCUGGGAUGAUAAUCAAACACCUGAACAGCUAGAACUCCGCAGAAGAGCCCAGGUGCCGCUGUAUCUCACAAGUUCGACUCUCAGCUGUCGCCCUGUGUCGUAUUAGAAGCUAUCAAACCAACAUGGCCGUGACUAACUACGCAAUCGCCAUCUGCCUGUUAGCAGCUACCUUUACUCCUGUUCAACUUGCAUCAACCACGGAGGCUGCAACAUCUGAAGCUUCGACGACGGCAGCGGCGUCUACGGCAGAACAAUCAACCACAGCGGCAGCAGCUGCAGCUACGACAGCUGCAAGGAAUAUAAGUUGUUAUUCACGUUCCUGUGAAGUAAAAGGUUGUUUACAAGCAGCUACUUCUAAUACUUCAAUCACCGUGGAAAAAUGUACUACCGCCGGAAACUGCUUUGUAAAACAAACAGCUAACACCACUUACACCAAGGAAGAAGCUGGAUGUGACACUUCAGCAUGCGCCACUACCAUCCAAACUACCGGCGACGAAAAGAAAAUCUGCUGCACCACAGAAAAUUGCAAUGGGGAUACGAAUGCCUUUAAGUCACAAUCAAACGCGCCACCUUUGUCAUACAAAACUGCGAUUGUUAUAUCUUUCUUCAUUCUGUGUCUCAACAGAUUUUGAAAUAUAGAAUCGAUGAUAUAAUUUACCCCCCCCCCCCCUCCCUACUGUUAUCUUUCCUACCUUUUUAUGUUUCAAAGAGGGUUUUAUUUAAAUUACACAUGAUGUGAAAUUUAAACAUGUAUUUAUUUAAUUGCUUUAUUUGGCUGAUAAUAAAUUAAUGAAAGUAAUGUCUAAAAAUUAAAUGUCAACCAAUUCAGUAUUAAUAUCUAAAAUUUUUUUUACUUGAAAUCAAUUCUUAUUUCUAUUUUUAUAUUGGUGCAGUACCAAGUGCAUGCAACUAAUUUAUAUACUUUUAACAAUGUUAUAUUCUUUUCAUAUUUCGAUUUAAUGUCCAAGUUGUUUCGUUUUUCGUUGGGCUGGGGUAAAACAUCGUUUAAUUCCUCAAGGAAUCGUUUUCGAAACCAAUAUCAGCGCGUAAUUUUCUGAAACAAAAUCAAAAUUUAUUUAAUAAAAAUAAGAAAGAUUUGUAUGUAGCUUAUAUUUUUGGCAACAUUUUUGGCAACAUUUUACGAAAAAUAUUUGAUUAAAAAUAGUGAAAAAGAUAAGAAUGGCGCAAUUAGUGACCUAUACUGCAAUCACAAUAUUCCUUGAUAUAUCAAUGAAGAGUUUUAUUAAACUUAAUAGGACAUAUUUACGUUGUUGACCUGACAACAAUGAAAAUGACAAAUUUUGUAAGAAUGUCUUUCAAAAGAUUCCUGAAUAGUUUUAUGAAGUGUCAGUCUAAUUAUUGCACUGAAAACAUAUAUGACGGAAUCGAAUUAAUGUUUGUAUGUUUUUAUAUAUUUAAACGUUUGCAACGAUAUAUGCUGAUUUAUGCACGAUAUACAAUUGUAUUGAUAAACUGUAUCUCUGUUGUUUUAUGCUUUUUAUUAGAUAAGUUUUGUCUUCAUCUUAUAUUGGAAGUUAAAUCAAAGUUAGUGUCAUAUCAUGGAACAUACUAUUUAGAUGUUGGUUUAUGAAAAUCACUAAAACAGAAAAGUAAAAAGGAAAUAAUGUGUGACUAAAAAGAACUUGAUUGUUUUGUUUAAUAUAUAAUACAGCGUUGUUACAUAAAAUUAAAAAAAAUGUAUCUUGUUUUUAUUUUCAAGCUGAACUAAAAAUAAACUUAAACAUAUUUGAG